AGGGGAAGGGAAUUUGUAAUGGCGAUCAUUUCUGGCGGGAGUUGUCUGUUUUCACAUUUUGGGGCUCUUUUAAUUAUCUGCUCUUAAUAAAUAUGCGGGAACGCGAAGAUAGAAGAAAGGGGAGAGACGAAUCGGUUGGAGACAAUGAAGAAACAGAAACUCCAAUCACUGUAUCGUCCCGCCUGAGGGCGAGGAAACAAGUAUCAUAUGUCCAAAAUGAACCAGAAAUUGAGAGUGACAAUGAUGAUACGGACAAAGAUACUAAAGAUGACGAAUGGAAAGCAGAUGAAGCAGAAAGUCCUAGUAGAACACGGAGGAAGCUUCCUGUCAAGAGGCCACCUUCUGUGUCGUCAACUUCAGUUGAUGCAUCGUCUGACGAAGAUGAUGAUUACAUGAAAAUGCGACAGAAUAAUAUCAAAGAGCGACUAGAACUUGUGAAAUCUCUGGGGAUAGUAGAAUUGAAAGAAGAGCUAGGAGGUCCUUCCAAGAAAAAAACAAACCAGAAAAAGAAACCCCCAACACCUAGAGAAAAAUCUAAGAGGCUUAAGACUAUUGUGGACGAUAAGAUUGCACGAGAAGCAAGAAGAAAGUUGGGUAAACCAUCACCUAAGAAAUCAAGAUCGGACAUUGUCCAUAGUACAUUAGAAAAUCUUCGUGUUACAAUUGCUAAAGCUACAUCUCGUAAACCAUCAGGCCCACUUCCUAUGCUUUCUUUAAAAACCUCCAGAGAGGAGAACACUGAGGAUGACCCUGAUGAUGCAGCCUCCAAAUGUGCUGACUUUGUUAGUUUGCUGAGGCCCUUCCUUGUGCACAGGGGAGAUGAGUCCCAACUCAGCACUUGCAGUCUUGAUACAUUUAAAAAGAUUGUUUCAAGAUUAUCAAUAACUGAAGAAAUGAUAGCCAAGACAAACACAGCCCGAAUCACCUCAAUGGCCUUUCACCCAGGCGAAGAAAAAGUUCUUGUUGCAUCUGGCAGUACAAGUGGAGACCUUGGACUUUGGGACGUGUAUAAUCCUGACGAAGAAAAGUGUGUUGAAGUUUUGGGACCUCAUACAAGUCAAGUGAACUGCACCUCUUUUGACCGCUGCAAUCCCGCUAAAAUCAUCACAACAAGUUUGGAUGGGACUGUAAGAAGAGGUGACCUCCUGAAAUUAGUUUUUGAUGAGAUAUGGGCGCAUGAACAGAAUGGUCCCAAUUUUCAUGCUACAUGGCAUGAUCAAGUUGAUCCAAACACUUUGAUGGUGGCUCAUGGAACUGGACGUGUGGUAGUUAUUGAUUGUCGCAAGCCAAUGAGCCCUGUAGGUUGGUUUCAUUGCCAUGAACGUUCUGUUCGAACUGUUCAAAAACACCCUCAGGAGAACAAGUUUUUUGUCACAUCAUCGAGGCUUGGGCAAGUACGGAUUUGGGACUGGCGCAUGAUGGACAAAGAGAAACCAGAACCCGUUUGGGAUUUGGUACAUCCUAAAGGUCUUUCUAGUGCUUUUUUUUCAUGCAAAGGCAACUUACUGCUCACCACUUGUAAUGAUGAUAGAUUACGAGUGUAUCAUACUGCCCUUCUUCCUGGAGCAUCCAAACCAAAAGUUGUGACCAACAUUAAACAUGACAACCACACUGGUCCCUGGACCUCAGCUUUUAAGGCCAUGUGGCACCCCCAAAGAGAAGAUGUCUUCAUGGUUGGGAGCAUGGAAAAAAACCCAAGAAAGCUACAAAUUUAUGGGAUCCAUGGCCAACCAGUUUACAACCUGACAAGUAAUGAACACCUUCUUACAAUCCCAGCUGUACAUGCUUGGCACCCAACUCUCCCUCUCAUUGCUGCUGGUAAUGCAUCUGGAAGAGUGCAUGUUUUUCGAUGAAGUUUCACCAUGGUUCAAGCUUCCUGUAAUUUGCAUUUGCAACCUUGUACUUUAGUUUAACAUUCUAGAAUAAGGUAACAUUCAGUUUUGUUCCAUUGUGUAUUUAGCUUCCAAUGCCAAUUUGUUUCCAUUCAAAAAAAUGAUUUCCGGUUUUAAUAUUUGUAGGAAGCAUUACUUAUUACUUACCUAUGCUUCUUGUGUAACUUCCCCAUUGCCAGAUUGUUUUCAAUUAUUAUGCUAGUCACUUUCAGUGUUUGUGGUUGUUUGGAUGAAGUAUUUCCUCAUUUGUGUAGGCUUUUAAUAUGCCUAUCUCAGAUUAAGUGAUGAAUAGUACAAAUACUGUAGUAACUUAUAUGAAUGAUUUUUUUGUUAUGACUUGAACUUGAAGCAAUUGUUAGGCUUCCUACUCAAAUUCUAAGGGACAGAGUAUAGGAAUAUUGAGUGCAGACUGUCCCAGUGUCUUGUUUAUUGUAUUUUACUCUAACAGGACCUUUGUGUCUUGGACACUUUUUCUAAACUAAUUUAUGCUUUAUCAAUACUUUUUGUAAUUCUUUGUGCUAAGUAUGGCUUUUAUUUUACUUUAUUCAAAAGGCUGUUAUUUUAUAAGCAUUGACUGUAUUCUGGCUUUUAGUUUUAUAAGGGGUGCCAUAUUUAUUAUUUGUAAAUGCUUUUAAUUUCAUUCUUGGAGUACCAUACCUUUCGCUUUGUGUUCCAGAACUCGUGAGCUCAUACCAUUUGGAGUUAAAAGUUAUAGGUCUUUAUUCUCAAAUUAUUCAUUUUGUCAGUUGGGCAGGUCAACCUUUAUUUCCUGUUGUCACAAGUAAGCAGCUCUAGCUGGUGAGGUGACUUCUGGUGUGUAAAGUAAUGUAAUUCAAGUUAUUGUGUCAAUGUCACUGAAUGAGAAUUAAUGUGCUAUUGUCACAAUGAGCAAUGAGGCCAUUAUCAUGUGCAUAUUGUCAUAUUAUUAAAUGAGAUAAAAAAAACACUUA